AUGAUAAUUCCCCUCCUAAAACCCCUCCUCCUGCUCACCCUGUUCUCCCACACCCUCGCAUCCCUCACCCCAAAAUCUGGCUCCGAACAUCUCCUCAUCGCCGACACAGGAGUCGGCCACCGCAGCCGCCCCGUAACCACCUGGCGCACUUCCCUCCGAGGCCUCUCCACCAUCGGCACCAAUUCCCUCAAUCUACUCAACUUCGGGAACCCAACGCCUGAGAACCAACCCAUCGGGUCCAGCGGCCUAGCCGUAGAUCGUGAAAAUGGGCACGUGUAUGUCGCGACUGGGGAAGGAAUUAAGAGAACCGAUAUGUUGGGCGGGAACAACGUGACCAUUGUUAGUGAGAGCGCGACAAGUCUCGCAAUCUCCCAGUCGAAAUUAUACUUCGGAAUCCAAAGCACAGGCCUUAUCAAACGCGCAAAUCUAAACGGUACAAACGUGGAAGUAUUCCUCAACGUGUCCACAGGCCUCGACUACUCCUACACCCCGUCGUACAUCCCUGCGAAAGCGUCACCCGGUGGAAUCGCCAUCGACGAGAAGCAAGGGUGGAUAUACUGGAGCUCGGUGACAUUUCCUGAAGACUUGAGCUCGAUCCGACGCGCCUCGUUUGCGGACGUGGAGAAAUAUGGCGCCCAGAAUGUGACUGCAGAGGUCUUAGUUGAGAAUUCCGGGUAUCCAGGGCAGAUGCGCGUGAUAUGGGAUGGCGAUGAGGGUGUAGGGAGGUUGUAUUGGGUUGAAAGGGCCCGGUAUACAAAUUCCCCUACGGCGCUCAAACGGUGUACCUUCAGUCCUCCUCGUCCCUCUACCCCCAAGCCCAACGGCGGUUACGUCUAUACUCCGGAAACGAUAAUUUCGAGUGUCACACAUCCGGCCAUGUUCUUCAAAACUGAUGGCGUGGAUAAUAUGAAUAUGAGUAUCACGAGUUUCACAGUCGAUAAUGCGAGUGGCCGGUUGUGGUUUACGGCUAUGAGUAAUAUCCGUGUUAUGUGGGCUAAGUUAGUGGGGAUGGGGAUUGAUGGCGCGAAUGCAACGUGGACCGUUCUGAAUGAGAAUGUGACAGAUAUUGGGAUUCCGGUUGGCGUGGAAUAUGUUCCGUGA